AUGGACGUCAAAUCCGAGAACAUUCACACGCUGCCCGACGACUGUGUCCUCAUCGCGGGCGGGGGACCCGUUGGCCUCGUCACUGCGACCGUGUUGGCGCACCAUGGAGUUCGGUCCGUCGUAUUCGAGAGAAAUGUGACCACUACGAAAUGGCCGAAGAUGGAUCUGACCAAUGUGAGGUCAAUGGAGCUGUUCAAACGGCUCGAACUAGCUGAUGAGCUGCGUACCCACGGUGUCCCGUCUCAUAUGCCUUACACCGUGCUCAUGACGACUGGACUGGCCUCGGAUGGGCCUAUCACGAAGUGGGAGCAUCCGAGUGUCGAGGAGUUCCGGAAACGAAUCGAGCUUACGAACGACGGGACACAGCCAAGAGAGCCCUAUCAACGUAUUUCUCAAUCCGUCUUCGAGGCCUGGAUGAAGACAAAGUGUGAAGAGCACCCCCUGGUCGAACUCCGCUUCGGCUGGAAACUAGAAACCAUCAAGGAAUCUCCGGAUGGUGUCGAGGCAACGAUUAUCGAGACUGGUACAGGACAAAAGCAUUUGUUUAAAUCCAAGUACGUAGUCGGUUGCGAUGGAGCAUCCAGCAAGGCGCGUCGAUCCUUGGAGAUACCAUUGGAUGGUGGCCCAACCCCAGUGUCGUUUCUACUUGUACACUUCAAGUCGUCAGACCUAGCCCGUCUUCACAAACAAGGCCGAUUCUGGCAUUUGUUCAUCCUCCUUGACGGUACUUUCGGCGGAGCUUGUAUAUGCCAAGACGAAAAGGAAAUAUUCACCAUCCACUUUACUCUUGCACCUGGUGUCGACCCCGCGACUAUCACAUCUGAAGAAGCUAUUGCCAAACUUUUUGGUGGGCUGGAUGGACCAUAUAAGAUCAAGGUUGAUGAGAUAUUGGUCCGGUCGACCUACCAGCCAAGCAUUGCAGUGGCCCGUCAUUUUGCAGGCCCCGAGCUGCGAAUCUUCUUAGCCGGAGAUGCGGCCCACCAGAACGUCCCAACCGGAGGUUAUGGCAUGAACACGGGUCUCGGAGAUGCUUUCGAUAUUGGAUGGAAGCUUGCCGCAGUUAUCAACGGAUACGGAAAGCGAGGGCUGCUCCGGUCAUAUGAGCAGGAACGACGACCUGUAGCACUGAUCAAUGUCGAGCGAUCCGGAGUCCACAUGGCCACGCACAUGCAGGCCGUGGAGUUGUUGAAGGGUCACGCUGCUGAAGUCGGCAAGCAGAGUAAAGAGGGCCGGGAAGUGAAAGGUGCAAUCCACAAGCACUACCAAGAGCAUGACGGCGAGAAUACGGACUUCGGCAUUGAAAUGGGCUACCGAUACUCGUCGGUUGUUUGCAUUCCUGAUGGCCCCGGAGAGAAGGCUCCUGACUGGGAUCCGCAUACCUACGUCCCCACCUCCAUGCCUGGAAGUCGGCCUCCACAUGUAUUCCUCAAGGAUGGUUCAUCUAUCUUUGAUCGCCUGGGCAAGGACUUCUCGCUCGUCGAUUUCGGUCACGCAGACAGCACGAGCGAGAGGCUGAUCAGUGCUGCGAGGCAACUCAACGUCCCGCUUAAACACAUCCGGCUUCCGGGGGAGGAUCAUGCAGAAGAACUGUGGGAGAAGCCCUUGGUUCUAGUCCGGCCAGACGGUCAUGUUUCAUGGCGAGGAGAAUCUCUACCCGAUGAGGCCACUGCGCGCCUGAUAAUGGAGACGGCUGUUGGUUACCACGACAAGAUGAAUGAAGAAACGCCGCAGAAAUCCGAUGUCCCGGUCCAGUUCACGAUGACUGAGGGGAUGAGUACGCAGGUCGAGGAUUACAAGCUGCAAAACAUGGGCGAGUUUCAGCAGUAG